GGAGACACGGAUCCUUCACACAGAAGCAUGUCGUAUAAAUUGUUAACUGUAUGAGAAAGUGUGGCGAACCUCGGUCCAACCAGCUGAAUUAUUAUGUAGCCUGCGUUAUAAACAGGCAUCAUCAACUGCUUGGGUCCUGUAACGUUUUAACCAACAAUGAUUCGAAGCUGAGGAUCUUUAAAAAAAAAACUUCCCACUCUCUGAUACCCAGCAAAUGUCCGCAUUAAAGAAACUGAAAUGAAGGAACAAGGCUGUGAGGUUGGGUAGAGUCCACCGAGAUGGACCAGGUGGCUCAGUGAGCGGAGAAGGUUCCCACAAUGAGCUGCCUCUGGAGGAUCCUGCUGCCCACAGUGCUCCUUCUUCUCCUGUGUAGACGGGCACAAUGCACUACAGGUUGUGAUGGCCUAACCUGUGUCACCGACUACUUGCAGUACAUAACAUGCAUCUGGAGAGUUACAGCUCCACAGGAGCCUGGAGUUUCAUACCAUCUUACUGCAGCAUCGCUGUAUGAUGAGAUUUCCUGCAAUCUAAAUGUGACAUCCUGUUCUGAUGCGGAUAAGGGUCUCACCGAGUGCAAGUGUGAACUCUAUGAAGAAAUAGGAAUUACAUCGGAAAAUUACACCAUCAGCAUCAAAGUGAAAAAUGAAGGGAAAGCGGAGUACAGUGAGGAAUGCCCUUACUUCAAUACAGCACAAAACGUUAAACCACGUGCACCAUUCAAUCUGGAUGUCUCAUAUUUUGCUCCAUGUGAAGCAUACAACUUCACCUGGCAAAUAGCCUAUGGAAAUUACGAUUACUUAGAGGACUUCGAGUAUGAACUGAGAUACAAGAGGAUAGAAGAUAGCUGGGAGCACCAGAUUGUCAAGCAUAUAAGAAAUAACCAGAGAACUUUCCCAUUGGUGGCCUCGGAGUUGACCUCGGACACAGAGCAUUUAGCGCAGAUUCGCAGUUGCCCUGCAGAAGGUUCUGAUUACACAGGGACCUGGAGUGACUGGAGCCCCACAGUGAACUGGAGAACAGCAGCGUGCAAGACAGACCUUGAACAGAUACCGUGGCUCCCAUUUCUCUGUGGCCUCAUCCCUACACUGAUCUUAGUUGUGGCAGUUGUGAUAUUCAAUGUACCUCAAAGACUGCGGAAGAAACUGUGGGUGAUGACUCCCAAUCCAGCCCCAUUCUUCAAACCACUGUUUGUGGAUCACGGAGGAAAUUUCACGAGCUGGGUUAAUGCCCAACAUCCAGAUGCAUUGUAUGAAGUCAAUGAGAAAAAUGUAAUGGUCUUGGAGAAGGGGGACAGUGUACAGGUAUAUGAUGAACCUGUUGCUCUUCAGAAAACGUUGAUGAUGGGAUUGAAACCCUGGGACAAACAGUCUGAGAUCCACUCCUCAUGGCAGGCCUUGUGUGGCCCAAGUUCCUGUGUUUCAUCUCACUCUCGGGGCCAGUUUGGGAACAACAUCCAGCAGUGGAAGGAUAAAUCCUAUGGACGGGUAUCUAUCAACACUGUAACAGUAACUGAUGAGGUUGUACCUUGUUGUUCCCAAUGUAGUUACAAAUGCAAGUCAACCAAACCACCCUACUUAACCCAAUGUAAUAGCAAUUCUGAUGCAGAUAAUUCAAAUGAGCAGGAUUAUCCUAUCAGCAACCAACUGUUCAGUCAUUUGUACCCAGUUACAUCAGAAACCCUUCAGAAUUGUGACAGUACCACACCAUUCAACGCCAUGUCCUUGUUACAAUCUGCUGGUGCCCAAGAAGGGACAAGUGGGAACGUUCUUGAUCUUCAUUGCCUCAACAUGGCUGACUGGGGACCAGAAAAUGAACAUUUUCCUUUGAAUGAUGGUGAAGAUGCCUCUUGGAAUGGCAGAAAUGUAGGUGAAGGUGGUUCUUGGAGUGAUGGAAGCCUUGAUACCAUCUCAUCAUGCAGUAGGCUAGAACCAGACCUUGGUUAUCCAAAGACAUUACUGGAUUUAGAUACUGUUGACAGUGGAUUCAUUGAGACUGACACUGAUUCUAUGACUGCUGUGGAUUCCGGAUAUAAAACAAACACAGACACAGGUGGAAUAAUCAAAGUAGAGCAGGAACAAGAACCGGAUGAUAAUAGCCCUGCUAAUUCAGAGCAGGAAGAGCAGUAUUACAGAAGCUAUGUCAAGCAGUGGGCUAGAUCCACCUCUAACUUUAUGGAUUGCAGCAGCCAUGGAUAAUGGCCCUGGUUAAUUUCUAAUCUCAUUUCUAAUGCCUGGCAGGCAUGGCUCAGUGGGGCAUAAACGUUGUCAUGAUGUUGGAAACAUUUUGUACUGAUGCCAUUUCCUGCAUAGCUAAAAAUGACAGCACUUAGUGGGAGGAAUUGACAUUGAUUAAAGAUGGUCAACACUUGUUUUCCUUUGAAUCGAUUCCAAAUGGAGAAAAAAAGAAUUGUGUUGCAGAACAUGUGUUUCUACAAUUAUUUUUUAAUGACAAACUGAGCCUUGUCAUUUACGACAGUGUGUAGUGUAAUAUUAGCUCAUUGUGUUUAGAUUUCCUGCCAGUGUGAUACUUCAGAAAUUCUGCUAAUUAACUCAAUCUCGCAAAACCUGCAACAUCUUGCAUCUCCAGUGUUGUUGGAUGUCAGUUAAUGUAGAAAAUUAAAAACUCACACUUUGGCAACACCUCUUGUGAAAUUGCUUUCAGCUAAUCCUCUGAUUGUUCCCAGAAGCAGUAACCAAUGUGUAACAGAAUCUAUAAUUAUACUACUGGUUGCUUCUGUUCCUCAAAUUUGUUUCAACCAAUUCCUGUGUUAGUUUUAAAGACAAAGCCAACUUGAGCUGAACCAAACCAUAGUUAAACCCAUGUAAAGUAAUAGGGUAGAGAGGGACUGAUUGGUCAGCAACUCAGCAGCAGCCUUUUAAAUUCCUUUGACUUGGAGAAUCAGAUUCCAACUAGUGGAUUAACACAAAUCAGGCAGCAGAGACUUUUUGCACCAUCCAGUCAUCUAGUCCUAAAAAUGUGAGGUUAAAUUUUCCCAUUGUUCAAACUUGGGAAUAUUGGGGGAAAUGAUAAGAGUGAUGGCAUGGGGAGAGCUUGAAUAUUUGCAUUUUGAGGUCUUGCUGCACUAUAUGGUUUGACUUGUUCUUGGCUUUGAAAUUCUGGCUUUUAUUAUAAAUGGGAACGUUAAAAUUUUUAUGCUGAAAGCUUGAACACAGCCCUUUAGACAGCACUAUUCCACUAGGCAUCAUCAAUAGAGUUGAGUGUUAUUU